UUGUAGAAUAACGAGAAAAGUGUAAUGGAUAAUGUUUCUGGAGUGGGAAUGCUAAAUACGAAUGAAGCAGAAUUGGUUCAACUUGAUACAAAGUCAAGAAUUGUUGGAGAAACUUAUGCGGUGGAAAAGAUUGUUGGGAUCAAAACGAGUGAGACCGGCGAAAAGCUCUAUAAAGUACGAUGGAAAGGUUUCUCCGAAAGUGAAGAUACAUGGGAACCAUAUGAGAAUUUAACGGAUGGUUGUGACCGGUUAAUAAUUGAAUAUGAAGUUAAUCGAAAAUCGAAAAAUGAUGAGAAUGGAGAACAUUUGCAACCAUCAACUAGUAGAAGCAAUGAUAUAUUAGAAGAUAGCGCCGAGCGAAAUAGCCGACAUACGCUUAAUACCCGUUGGGAAUACGAAACAGUUGAAGUCCUCACACCGGAUGAAUGGAAUCGGUUUGGUGAUGUUGAAAAUCGUGAAUUAGGAGGUCUUUAUAUUCCAGAUCGAAUUCCAACUGAAACGGAAAAGCUACUGUGUAAUCUUGCCCCGGAUGUAGGACGCGUUACUAGAAAUAAGCUGAAAACUGUUAUGAAAACAGAAAAUUCUCCAAUAAAUGAAACAUUAUCAUCUGAAUGUUGUAAAAAACAAACUACCAGUAGCAGACGACGAGGUGGAAAGAAAAGUGGCACAUCCAUAGAUAUGAAAAAAUCAAUCGAUGAUGGGCGGCGUAGUGUUAUCAAAGAUGAAAGCAAAAUGUUGACAGAUGUCGGUAAAGCUGAGGAUGAAGAAUCUUCGCCAUUAAAGUUUUCGGAAUCAGCAGUUGCAGCAAAAGCAGAAAUCCCGGAUGAACUGUUACUGUCGCAGUGUGCUGAUAAUGGUUUACAGAUUGUAGCGGCGGAUACAUCCACAGAAGAUGACGAAUCUACGGUGAAUAGAAGUAACCCUUCAGUUCGUAACGCUAGUAAUAGGCGUACAGGGCGAGGAAGAGGAGGAAGCCGAGGACGUGGAAGACGAAGGAAAGCAUCCACACCACUUCAUUCAAAUGAGGAUGCCAAUUUACCGGCUAGUUCUGAAGUGCGACCAGCAAGUGCUGAAUUCUCUGAUGAAGUGCCAAAUUUGAUAGUGGAUGAAAUGGAACCGAUAUCUGAUGAAGAGAGGUUGAAUUCAGUACGUGAAAAUACGUGUAGGAACCAUCGAGGUAGGUCUCGUGGUCGAGGGUUGGCAAAACGAAGCAAAGGAAAACGAACGACCGCCUCACGUGGAAGGGUUGUGGUGGAUAGUAGUGAGAUAUCUGAGAGCAGCAGCAGACUAACUAAGGGCAAAAAACGAAAAGCUUCGGCAAAUACUGACGACAUUGUUGAAAAACGGGUAUCUGCCAGUGAAGGAACGCAAGAUGCCAGUGAAGGGACGCAAGACGUACUUCAAAAUGUAGAUGACACCACUCACAUGCUUCCUGCAGAUGAUGAGUCGGAUGAACCGGAACCAGAUGUUUCAGCGCUGGAAAUGCUUACCUUUGAAACACCACAGUUACCGAUACCUAUGACAAAUGCUGAGAUUUCAGCUAUUGAAAUUGCUACAAUUCGCAGACAUCAACAGAAUCGCGAAAAACCUCUACAAACUUUUGAGCAGUUUCGAAGCGCAGUUUUAACGAAUCAACUAUCGGCUAUCAGAUGGACGGGUCGUUGCGUACCAGAAAGGCGCGGUUUUGAUUUCAAUCAGAAAUAUCGUGGCAAAACGGUUGCAAUUGAAUUAUGCGAGAGGCCUUGCGGUCCGGCUCAUGAAACUGAUGACAUGUUACGGCAAAUUGUCCGUGACGGUGCACGGCUGGAUAUACCGGACGAUACAAGAGGACGAAUUCCGCUGCAUUUUGCUAUAUCUUGCGAAUUUUGGUGUCGGGUUAAGACCCUUCUGCAUUUAAGAUCACCAGUAAAUACUGAAGAUAAGGACAAGAAAACACCCUUGCACUUAGCAGUUCUUACUCCUCGUGCACCGAAUUUCGAAGUGACGAAAACGAUUUAUCUACUUCUUGAAUAUGGUGCUGAUGUUAAUGAAGUGAUCAAGAAAAUGACACCACUGCGAAACAGAUAUCUGCCAAAUCUUAUCGACCAUCAGCAGCGCCUUUCAGAGGCUUUUGAUGAAGCAAGGAUGAAAACUUUGGUAGACAUAACAGUGAAACGAAUCCUUCUUCCGGUAUCUGUCCGAGCAAUGUGGGGAUUUGAAUCGACGAAUUGGACCACUGAAAUUGGUUUUAAUCAUGAAACGUUCCAGUUUCCCAAUGAUCGCUACGCUUAUAUGAUAUUACUUGCCGUCUUCGAUUAUCGUAGCGCACGAUAUUGGCGUGUACGAAUGUGGGGUGAAAGUCCGUUCGACGAUGUGCAAAUGAAUGAUGCCGCGGUGGAACCGCUUACCAAUAACCCGAAGGGUUUCAUUUAUGUGACUUCGCUGAUCAAUGGCUGGAAUAAGUUGAAGAUCAAAUUUCAAUCGUACGUCAAAAAGAAGAAAUGGUUAAUGAUGGCACAGGUAUUGCUUGUACAGUUACACAAACCUGCUUCGUAUAUACCGAGACCCGCGCUUGAAGUAGCCCCUGAAAGUGGUACCGACUGGAGACAUGAAUGAAAUAUUAAUUCCAUGACUUCAUAGGAUUUAGGUUUCGG